GCCACCGCCUCCUCCCCCGAGGCCCGGGCUCGCGACGGCCGAGGGCUCCGUCGGCCCAAACCGAGCUGGGCGCCCGCGGCCCGGGUGACGCCUCCACUCCGCCCCCGUCCGCGCCCUCCCCCGGCCCCCGACGUCGCAGCCUUCCCUCGGCUUCUCUGUCGCGCCUCGCCCCUCUCCGGCCUCUGGUCCCGGCCCCCCGCUCUCUCUUCUGCCGCCACCUUCCCUCGGCUCCCUCCCGGCCCCCCCGGCUCCUCGCCUCCGACUCCCUCCCCCCUUCACGCCCGCCCUCUCGCCUUCGCCGAACCAAAGUGGAUUAAUUACCAGCUUUCUGUUUCUCUCCUCGCUGUUCUCUCCCGCUGUGAGCCUGCCCGCCUCUCGCUGUCCCCUCUCCCUCUCUCUCCGCCUCUCUUCGGCCCCCCCCGACCGUUUCACGUUCUCUCUGUCCCCCUCUAUCUCUGCCCCCCUCUAUCCUUGAUACAACAGCUGACCUCAUUUCCCGAUACCCUUUCCCCCCCGAAAAGUACAACAUUUGGCCCGCCCCGGCCCGCAGACAGCCCAUCCUCCCUUAAACGAUCAGAAGAGCCCCCCCCCCAAAAAAAAGCCAAUCCCCCGUUCUGACCCGUCGCACAUUCGGCCUCCGCGACCCGGCCAGAGCGGCCCUGGCAGAGGAGUGCCCGGCAGGAGGGCCAACGCCCGCUGUUCGGUUUGCAAUACGCAGCAGGGAGGUGGGCGGCAGCGGCGCCGGCUUCCAGAUACCAAUGGGGACCCCAGUGGGGAAGUCGACGCUGAUGUUUCUCGCCUUCUUGGCCUUCGCCUCGUGCUGCACUGCUGCUUACCGCCCCAGUGAGACCCUGUGCGGGGGCGAGCUCGUGGACACCCUGCAGUUCGUCUGCGGGGACCGCGGCUUCUACUUCAGCAGGCCGACCGUCCGCGCGAGCCGCCGCAGCCGUGGCAUUGUGGAGGAGUGCUGCUUCCGCAGCUGCGACCUGGCUCUGCUGGAGACCUACUGCGCCGCCCCCGCCAAGUCCGAGCGAGACGUGUCAGCCCCUCCGACCCAACUCCCGGACAACUUCCCCAGAUACCCCGUGGGCAAGUUCUUCCACUACGACACCUGGAAGCAGUCCGCCCAGCGACUGCGCAGGGGCCUGCCUGCCCUCCUGCGUGCCCGCCGGGGACGCGCGCUCGCCAAGGAGCUCGAGGCCUUCCGAGAGGCCACGCGCCGCCGCCCCCCGACCGCCCUGCCCACCCAGGACCCCCUCCACUUCCGAGAUCUCCGGCAGUCGGAAGUGAGCCAAAUUGUCUAAUUCCACAAGCCAGUGCCAUCGCCCGCGAGCCCUCCUCUUGACCAGGGGCCUUUGCACCAGGGUCCCGCCUCCAAAAUCUCUCUUGCACCCCUCCAUGGGCUCCCCCUCACCCCAGCCCCCGUGUCCCAGCCUCCCCUGAGUCAGGCCACCCAGAAACAGCUUCAAAAAUGUGUACACCUGAUUGGCUUCAAAGAUUCUCUUCCCUCCCAAAAAAGACCCCCCAAAAUAGGAACUAACUAGUUUGAAAGAAACAAAACAAAACAAAACCAAAAAACCAAUUGGCUGAAAAAAUACUAAAAAUUAACUGGCUUAGAAACAAUUGGCAAAAUAAAGGAAUUUGGCCCCCCACCCCUUCCUUCUCUCUCCCUUUGGACCUUGAGUCAGAUUGGCCGUGGACUUAGGAGUCCUGGACCACCGAGACGAAGGAAGGCCCAGAAAUGUCACCAGUCAGGCUUGCUUCAUCGCCACCUCCCCUCUCGCAAAGCGUGACGAUGACAGCAACAACCCCACCUCGUUCCUCAGUCCACUGUCCAUCGUAAAAUCGUUCCAACUAUUUGGAGGGACCUGAGGACAAAGGAGGGGACCACGGAGCACGGAAACCGAAAUUAGUGCAAGUCAAGUUCAAUUAGCAGAAGCCCCCUACUCGAAAAUUUCUAUCUCCAAACUUACAUCCCCCCAAAAUCUUACAUAUCACCAACCCUAAACAUGAGCACGCAUACAUCCCCCCACUCACACACACACUCUCUAAGGCACACACACACAUGCAGACUCAACCUCACACCCAUACUCAGCCUCUCACACACCCACAUGCUCACUCACACUCACCCACACGCUCACACUCUCUGUCACACACAAGCAAACACCCUCACAUACACUCCCACCCUCACGCAUACACCACCCGCCCCCCAGCUGAGUUAGAACUAUGAAAAAAUAACCAAAACACUAAAAUCGGUGGGCCCGGCCUUCUGCGGCUCAGGCUGCGGCCCACCCACCCCUGAAGCUGUCCGGCCAGGAGGUUUCCGUGCGUCCAGCCUCCUCCGCGGCCCGUGCAGACGGCGCAGAGCAGGGAACGAGCUUGGCCUGAUGGGAGAUGGUGAGAAGCAAGUGAGAUACGUCCCCCCCGUGUGGCCUGACCCUCUAGGUGUGCAGCUAGCAGAAGGGUGGGGGAGACCCCAACCCCCCAGCACAUCUAGUGGCCAUCCUUGCCAGCCUCUUGGGGAGCCUCUGCCACAAACGGGGGCUCCCCAGGAGGCUCGCACGGAUGGCGGGGAGUGUGGGAAGUCUGGCGGU